AUGGCAGAGGUUCUCUCCGCGGCAUGCGUGCCCCCGACGUUCCAUGGAAUUGGCCUGUUUGGCGGCGAAGUCCUUUCCGUCACUACAAAUCUCGUAACGAACUUUACCGCAUGGGGUCUUGACAUCUUCAGGUUCACCCAGCCCACAAUACCGGUCCAAAACGCCACCUUCUGCAACGUCACCGUGUCCUACACCCAUCCCGGGCAGAAUGACAACACCAUCGUCGAAACCUGGUUGCCCAUCGAGAAUCCGAGUUGGAACAACCGUUUCCAGGCUGCCGGCGGCGGCGGGUGGGCGACUGGCCGCUGGGCUCUCUCGUACGAGACCAUGAAGGGCGCCAUCGGCGACGGCUAUGCGACUAGCACAACCGAUGCCGGGCUGGGGAGUGCCUUGGAUCCGUCCGAAUGGGCGCUGAUUAGCCCUGGAAACGUUAACUGGUACAAAUUGAACAACUUUGCAUCGGUCUCGCUCAAUGACCAGGCCAUCAUCAGCAAGGCUCUUAUCAAGCGCUUCUACGGCAAGGGCCCGGCUUUUUCGUACUGGAACGGCUGCUCCCAGGGUGGCCGCCAGGGGCUCAUGCUCGCCCAGCGCUAUCCCACCGCAUACGACGGCAUCUCCGCCGGCGCGCCCGUGCUGUACUCGAGCUUGACAGGCAUGAGUUUGUACUGGCCGCAGGAGGUCAUGAAUAGGCUGAAGACCUACCCCUACGGAUGCGAGAUGGAUGCCAUUUCCGCCGCAGCCAUCACCGCGUGCGACGAGCUCGAUGGUGUGACUGACGGUAUCGUCUCGGACGUCGACGCCUGUCUUAGGUCGUUCAACCCCUUCCAACUCAUCGGCACGCUGGUGCCCGACUGCCGCCAGGCCGGCAACAGGACCGUCGAGAUCGGCACUGCAGCCGCCGUCGUUGUCAACGCGACGUGGCAUGGCAUCGUCACAGCCAAAAGGGAACCGACUUGGUACGGUCUCUCUCCAGGUACGUACAUCAGUAACGAGGGGGGCGCCGGCGGAUUCGAGACCCCUGGAAUUGCGUCGACCAAGUGCAGCAAUGGCACUUGUGUCGGUAACCCCAACUCGAUGGCGAUGAGCUGGAUGAAGUACUUCCUCGCCAGGGGUGAUCCGAACUUCGAUGCUGCCGAAAUGACCUACGCCGAAUUUGACGACAUGGUGCGCAUCGGCCGGCAGAUCUAUCGCUCGGUCAUGGACACCGACGACCCGGACUUGACCCGGUUCCGCGAUGCGGGCGGGAAGAUGGUUACCUUUCACGGCCUCUGGGAUACCCUCGUCCCCCCGAACGCCACCCGACGGUACCACAGCGAAAUUAGCGCGCUUCUUCCGGAUACUGACAGCUUCUAUCGCCAUUUCGAGGUCCCAGGUCUCGGCCACUGCUGGGGUCAUGCGAGUGGCCAGCCAACCAGCCUCUUCGAUCAGCUCCGAGCCUGGGUUGAGAACGGCACGGCGCCCGAGCAGACGCCCGUCGAUAUCAAAGCCCUGGACGGGUCGACGCACCACCGCAUUCUCUGCCCAUAUCCGCAGACGGCCAGAUUUGACAAGGAGGCGUGCGGGGACCCUGCCGACACUCAGUGCUGGUCCUGCGAUGCUGGAGCUGGCGCUGGGGACUUGUGA